AUGAACGGUUUUCUCUUUCCUUCAUUGAUUCAUUCAUUCAUCUCUCUCUACGAUGCAAGUUUUGCAGAACGCCGGGAUCCACGUUUUUCGACAACUGCAUUUCAACGUAUCUCAAUACUUUCGCGCCUGAUUGCUACUCACUUUUUCUUCCAUUUUCAAGAUUUUUGUUGUAACCUACCAAGGUGGAGGAUUGUUAAAUUGAAGCAGAGAUUGUUCUUGUGUUUGAUAUUGGUUGUGUGUAUUUGA